GGUGCACCCUAAUUUAGACAGGCCUUCCCUGGCCCAGAAGUGGCUGGCACCUGCCUGCAUUCUUCUCCUGCCAGCCCCGCAGCUUUCCUCUCCAGUUUCCCGGCUUUCCCUCCAAAGCAGCCCUAACUGUCAAGCCUACCUCAGGUCAGAGCCCAAGUCUCCUCCCAACAGGACACAGCUGCCUUAAAGGCCCAAGUUCCCGUUGACUGUGCCAGUACCUGCCUCCCCACUCUGGCCUCUUCCCAGUCUAAGCCUCACAAGCCGGUUACUGAGCUCUGGGCCAAGGAAUCUUGCCUGAAAGUAGUGAUGGGAAGGAAAUACUUGGGGUCUGAGCUAUGAUUGGUCGAGCACGAGCCACGCCCUUAGCCCUUUCCCCCUUUUUACCCCCCUCCCCUCCUCCGCUCCGGUAAGGGUGUGUUGAGGGAAACGGGAUCGGCUUGGGGCCAGCAUGAGCCAGAGGGAGGGAAGUCUGGAAGACCUCCCGACUGACUCCUCCAUUUCAUUCCUUCCCCAUUUGGAGGCCAAGAUCCGCCAGACACACAACCUUGCCCGCCUCCUGACCAAAUAUGCAGAACAGCUGCUGGAGGAAUACGUGCAGCAACAGGGAGACCCCUUUGGGUUGCCAGGCUUCUCCCCACCGCAGCUGCCGCUGACCGGCCUGAGUGGCCCAGCCCCGAGCCACGAGAGGCUGCCGGUGUCGGAGCGGCUGCGGCUGGACGCGGCCGCCUUGAGCGCGCUGCCCGCGCUGCUGGAUGCUGUGCGCCGCCGCCAGGCGGAGCUGAACCCGCGCGCCCCGCGCCUGCUGCGGAGCCUGGAGGACGCUUCCCGCCAGGCUCGGGCACUGGGCAUCGCUGUGGAGACGGUGCUGGCCGCCCUGGGCGCUGCAGCCCGCGGGCCCGGGCCAGAGCCCGCCGCCGCCGCCGCCCUUUCUACGGCCAACAGUGCUGCGGGCGUCUUCUCGGCCAAGGUGCUUGGGCUGCAUGUGUGCGGUCUCUACGGCGAGUGGGUGAGCCGCACGGAGGGCGACUUGGGCCAGCUGGUGCCUGGGGGCGUCGCCUGAGAGUCAGCACUUACUCUUGCAAGCUCACCUGAUCCCGCCUCUUUGGCCUCUAAUGCUCUGUCUCUAUCCGCGUCGGUGUGUUCUUGGGCUGCUUCUAUCUUUCUGCAUUGUGUGGUCUCUCUGGAUCUCGUCACUUCGGGAGCUCCCUGUGCCCACCAGUUUCUCUCUUCUCUCUCUCCUCCCUCCCUCUCUCUCUCUCUCUCCUCUCUUCCUCCCAUCUUAAACUCUUUUGUCUCUGAGAGGUUUCUGUUUCUCUUUCCUUGUCUCUUGCCUCUUUCUUUGCUUGCUAUUUUUGUUUGUCUGUCUGUUUGUUUUGUUUUUGUUUUUGAGAUAGGGUCUCACUAUGCAGUCCUGAAUGGUCCGGAAUUUGUUUUGGGGACCAGACUGGCCUCGAACUCAUAGAGAUCCACUUGCCUCUGACUCCUAGUUUCCCCUUCUGUCUCCCUAUGGUCUAUAUGGGUAUGUGUAACUCUUGGUUUCAGCUCAUGGAGGGGACUCUUUCUCUCCCUUCAGUUCCUUCAUUCUUUCCUGACCAGAAAACUGCUUGCUGGGCCUGCCGUGGGCCAGCCCACCCUCAGGACCAUCCUCCUGCUGUGCUCCCUCCCCCCAUCCUUAGACUCCUUCCCCCUUUGAUGUCUUUCCCUUUCUUAACUCCCUACCCCAUUCCCAAUGGCCCCCAGCCCUAGCCUGGUCUGUGGAGAGGGGAAGGCAGAAAAACAUCUUAAGAGAGUUUUAUUUGAGAAUAAAUUAAAUUUUGUAAAUAAAAAGUUUAACAAUAAAACCUAAGUUUUAUGAAA